AUGCUCUCCCGCAAACGCCAACGUCCAAGGCCCAGCGCGAUAGCUUUCCGCAUCCUCCUCUUCGCGACCCUGAUCGUAAUAAUGGCCUACGGCGCCGUCACCCCACACCAAAUGUACAAAGUCACAGCCGAAUGCGUCCUAAUCGGCAUCGCGGGACUAUCCAUGGCCGUGCAGGUUUAUAUCACCUGGGCCAUUUUUGCCUGUUGUCUGCCGUACACACCCUGGGUGGGUAUUGCUCUUGACGGAGUUUGUGCAUUGGGCUGGAUAGGCGCUAUUAUCGUCCUCUCGUACUGGGAUCGUGCGAUUGUUUACAUGCCGCGGGAGGGGGAUCCGGGGGACUGGUUCACUUGUGCGAAGGCGCAUACAUGGGAUAAAGUCCUGACGGACGAUGGAAUAGGCCUUUGGAUUAAUAUUCUUUGGUGUGAGGUUGAGGUUGAUGGGCGCGAGAGGCUGGUUGGGAACGGGGCUGCGCGCCAGCAGUUACAUGCGCUUAUAGGACUUGCUUCUGUUUCGCUUUUCUUUACGGGGUUGAUUCUGUGGUGGACUAACAAGAGGCGUAAUGAUUAUUUUUGA